AGACUUUGAUUGACACCAGCAAAGUUCAUGUCUGCCCCCACCACUACCUCUAGAAAUACUCAUGCUAGCUUCACACAGACACAGUAGCUUCAUGAGGAAGAGAGAAGCUUACUGACAGUGACCUCAAAGCGAGGCUCCGCUUACUGGCAGAUGUUCUGAGGAUGGCAUUCGAAGCCUGCUGGAACUGAAUUAGACGUUGCUGCUUCUUCAGGUGUGAAGUCAGUUGUGUGACUGUGUGACUCAUGUACCUCAUGUCAUGUGAAGCGUUCACUAAGCAUCAGAACCCUGAUGGAGACAACAGCUGCUGGUAUGUCAUCAGCUGUAGAGUCUAACCUCUAUCGCCGUCUUCAUGCCAUCCUCAGAGAAUUGGAAACUGACACUCAAGCCGGCUCAGCUUGUAAUAAAGGGAUGCUGAGAUGGACUCUGCAUAAAAAGGUGGAGAACAGUCCCUCUAUUAGUAUCUCUAUGUUGAGGGUACUUGUUAAGGAGCUUGAAAAGGCAGAGAGAAUUGACUGCAAAAUUCGUAUCAUCCCUUUGCUGCAUACAUUGGCCUACACAGUUAUUCAGUCUGCUCAUGUUCCAGAUGACCUAAGCGAGAGGAUUUAUGUCUGCCUGAAUCGGCUAGUUACACUACCUGAGCCUUACUGCUCAAUAGGCCUCAACUAUGCUAAACUCCUGAAAAUGGAGCGCAACAUACCAGGCGCUUUGUAUCAAAGGCGGGUCAUUGCUGAACACAGCCUAAAGAAUGAACACUAUCCCCUUCAUGAAAGGGUGUUUGUGUUUGUGGACCAGGCCGUGUUUCCUCAGACUUUGCUGGAUGCUGUUAGGGCUGAUGUGCAGUAUGGAGCUGCAGACUGGGACACACUGAGCCACAAGCGCAGGGUCCUACUGCACACACUGCAGGCUGGUCUUGGGAAACAGUGCCAUGGACGACAACUAGCAGAGGCCCUAGAGGAAUUAUGUGAUGUAGAAAAAUACUUCCAGGAUGUUGUGGCCACUGUGGAGGAGAGAAUAGAGGAUGGAGGUUCAGAGCGUGACCAGUACAGUACAAGAUUACAGCAGCUCUACCAUGACAUCCUCUCCUCUACAGGCAAAAAUCCAUCAAGUCCUACUAAUCUGAUUGGAAGUACACUGCCCAGUCCUGAGAUCAGCUUCCAUGUCUGGACAAAGGAAGAUGAGAUAUGGAACGAGUUGGUUAACUUCGCUCUGAUGGUAAGCCCUGCCGAGCGAAGCUCUGUGUACCUAGAUGAGGACGAGGAUGCCAAACGUGCUUCUGUCAUCUCUACUGUGUCUAUAGACAGUGGUAUUGAAGGAGACCUGCCUUUAAAUGAGUUCGCCUCCAUGAUGGUGGAAACCCCUGGUGAGCUGGAGGUCCAGGAACAGCAGAGAAGCUCACAGUUUUUCAGGAGAGCAUGUGUAAGGUGGCCAAAGGCUGGAAACAGGAUGACUCUAAUGAUGGAGGCCAUUAAGGAAAGUGGAAUGACGGCAGGAGGUGGAAGUGGGGGCUCACUCCCAAAAGAAGAGAAAAACUUCACUGCUCGCCUGGUUGUCAUAGGUGAUGAUAGCACUCUGGGCAGACUGGGCAAGGCCUAUCACAGUAUACGAAAGAGGGAGGCACGCCAUCUUUUUCUGACAAAGAGAGUCAACUUGGAAAUAUACUACAUUCCAGUCUCUAGCCAGCCUCUUUCAACCUCUCCAGCUCAGGAAAAUAUACCAGGCCUUGUAGAUAUGCUUACACUAGCAGCAUCUUUGGGAAAGGUAGAUCCUUGGUACGAAUGCAACAUCAACAGUCUAGGAGGCAUGAUCCUGAAACUAGCUGAAAUGCAUUCCAGAUGUGGUGGAUCCUCUGAGCAAAACACCUUUCUUCAGGACAUCAUUUCAUACUACACUCGCACAGCACAGCAACCCAUCCAAAUCCCCAUCUACUCUGUCAAGAUGUCCUUCCCUGGCUUGGAUCCUAAAAUAGUGGAGGAUGUGUUUGUGUGUCAGUUGGACAUUGACUUCCCAGAGUUCAGGCCUUUCAGACCUACAUUAAAAGACACAAUCAAAGGAUCGGUGCGCUACAAGAAACACACACAAGACGAAGGAGGAGUAGUCGUGUCUGUCAUUUACAGAAGGGCAUCCAUCAGCAAUCGGGAAGUGGACAGAGGAAUGUCUCUGACAACGUGUGGAGCGUCGAUCUGCCACGCUCCAGCACGCGGAACCAAAAAUCUCGACAGCCUGAAUGUGGAUUUCCGUGAUCCAAAUCCUGCAAGAUACUGUCUGCCUACACUCAGAGUGACCAGAAUUUCCAUCAGAACCCUGGAGGAGAAGACAUUCACAGUAUGCUUGGACAAGGACUCCGACAGAACCUUCAAAAACGUCCAGAGUAUAGAGGUGAUUCCAAGCUCGGAUCCAGGAUUUUGCCUUCAGAAGUUCAAGUCCAGGCAAACUGUGGAGGAAGAUGACUCGGGGCUGAGCAGAUAUCUGAGCAAGACUUUCUCUUUGCCCAUCAACACCUUCUCUGGUGUGCUAUUGUGAUGAUAGCAGACACUCCUGCCUCUGACUUGAACUCUGCAGCCAAAGAGACACGCUGGCUGAAUCAUAUACCUCUGUGGUGUGAAUAUGUGCACAAUGCAUACAAGUGGUGUCUUGCCCAGUAUAGACAUUAAACAGCAAAAGGCUUUGUUUAUUACUGUUUUCUAUUUAUAUCUACUGUGUGUACUGGACACAGUCUUUUGGAUCAUUUAUUAAUUAUGGAUUACCAAAAACAGCGAUACUGAUGCUCCAAAACAACCCUGUGGUUUACUAACACUGUAACUGUACAGUCCAUGUUGUGUGUUUAAAAGCUUAUGAUUUCAUAGGGCUUGCACUGUUGUUUGCUGCACUGGUUGGCUGUUUGCAGUGGUUCCUGAGACCUUAAAUAAGCCCAAAAGGUGUUUUUGUCCAGCAGAUGGCACUGUAAUGCAAAAUUAAGAAGUGUAUGUAUUUGUUAAAGGGCAAUUCCACAAAUAUUUCAAAAUUUCUGUGUAAUUCACAGUGUAAUUGUUGAGAUAUGAAAUAGUUGAUCAUAGUGAAACUGACUCUGAUUUUAAUAUAAUAGUGGUGAAAAGCACCAGGGGUCACAAAUACAAGAUGGCCAAAGGUUUAUGUCAAAACUUUUCACAAACCAGUGUUGCAUUUUAUGUAACACCUUUCUGUGAGGCAGCUUUCGAAGACAUUACAUAAGCAAUAUGUAAGAUGACAUGAUCUGACAAACUCAUACUUCCCACUUCAAACAAGUAGGGAGCGACAUAUCACUAGAACAUUGUGGCAUCCACCCCUAUUGUAAGAAAGCAAGGAAAUGCACAGUCCCUCCUCCUCCUUCUUUACUCCUCCCCCGUUUACUUACCAGUCCAGAAGAAAUGUUGCGAGUUCAGCAUUAAACUUUAUUCCUUCUCUCUCUAAAAGCUCUCCAGUGGUGGAAAGUAAAGCCAAUGACAACUCUUGUGUGUGGGGAGGGGAGGGGGCUGUACACACACAAGAGUUAGAGAGGUUAGAAUAUUGCAUUGCUAUAAGUCUGCAGUGCUACUUCUUUAUCCUCUCAUGUUAGACUGUUGGCAGACUUGACGCUACGGUAGAUAUCUCUGCAACAUAAUACAUGGGCAUCAUUGGCGUUAUAUCAAUACUGUAAUUUCUUCACAUUCUGUCAAAAAUCUUACCAGUUGCACCUUUAGACACUUCAGAUGUCUGGUUCCUACCACUGUGAAUAGCUCUGAUUCUAUAACCACUCUGAAUGACUUUGAUUAUGUCUUAAUAGUUGAGUUAGGCGGAAAUUCUGAAAAAAAGCUGUGGGUUCUCCAUCAAAGAGCCUUUCUGUGAAUGCUACAAUUUACUUCCAAUUAAAGAAAAACACCCUGCUGACAGUGAUACUUUAUGCAUAAGUAGGGGUACGUACUCACCAAAUGGGCAAAAACAUGCUGGGCAGGUUUACAGAUUAGUAGCAAUGCAUGACAUUACUAAAUAUAGUUAAGUGCUUAAAAUGAACAUAUUUUACUCUCUAUUGCACUUUACACUACUACCUUUCUUAGCUUUAUGUCCAAAUAAAUGUCCAAAUUAAUGUCAGCACACAGCAGUCUUUGCAUACAGUAAAUGGUUUUAUACAGCCUUAAAACUAUUCAUUUUUUUUCAGUAAAACAUUCCCUCCAAAAAAAUGAACUGCUAGUUACAUGUACUCAAGUACAUUUCUGAUGGAUUUGUACUGUCCUGGAUAUUUUUUAAAAGAUGAAAUUUUACUUUUGCUUACUCCCUCACAGAAAAGUCACAUACUAUUCACAUGAAGUGUGCAAUAACCACACGUUCCCAAGUAGUCCCAAGGUUUUUUUUCCCUAUAGGAUGUGUGAAAACAUAUUUUUAACAUGUGAAUAGCGCAAAACCUACAGGUGUUUAUUUGCAUGUGAAAUAUGUGUAACUUUUCUGUAAGGGUAAGUAUAUUUGGAGAGAUAUCUGCUGUUUUUGACAGGAUCUGUACUGCUUUGCUGUUUGUCACACCUCUGACUUUUAAUGUCAUUUUAAAGGAUCCCAUACAACAAGAAUACUGAACGGCAUUUCCUAUACUGAUAGAUUCUGGAUAUACUAAUACGUUCUGCUGCAGCUCUGUAAGUUAUUCAUAUUGAAGUAGAUUUUUGACCCAGUUCUUCUGAUGGAUUUAUACUUUCCUGAGUAUUUUCCAUUUAGAAUACUAUUACUUCCACUUAAGUAUACAUAUAUAAUUUUACACUGAUGCGUUUAAUGUCAUUAUAAUAAUGUGUUGGUGACAGCAUCUGUACUGCUUUGCUGUUGGUCACAGCUCUGACUUAUCAAGUCACUUCAAAUGAUCCGAAAAAGAGAAAUAUAGCCCAGUAUACUUCAGUUCUUAUGCUGAUAGAUGCUGGAAUUACUAACAGGUUCUGCUGGAAUUCUAUAAGUUACUCAGUAUUUAAGUAGUUUCUGGCUCAGUACUUUUGAUGGGUUUGUCCUAGUAUUUUCUAAUUAGCACUUUGUACAGAACUUUGGUCAACACUUCUUAUGUUUAAUUGUGCUAUAUAAAUAAAUUGAAUUUGAAAUGAA